AUGAGUUGGACAUUUGUGUUAGAAGCCACUUCUUUUAUAGAUUUGUAUGUUAAAUGUGUUGCUAGUCAUUGUAAAUCCAUUGUAGUUGAAGCCUAUUCUUGGCGUAGUGCUAUGUCGUGGGAUAAUCGGAUUAUGUCUAAGCCAAAAUCGGUUCCUGGUUUAUGCCUCAACGAAGAGGGAUGUGCUCUGAUAUGCUUAUUUUCUGAGUCCUAUAUUAGUGGUUUAUUGAUACUUUCUUUGUGUAAAAGGAACACAUUGAGAUAUACCCCAAAUAGAUGGGUCUUGCAAAGAAGAGAAGUGAGUGUCAUACAACUCUCCUGGGUUAAUACAGUAGACGAUGACACGUCUGCAAAUUCUAGUCUUUCUCUGUGUCUAUGGCACAUACAUAUGAAUAGGUCAUCUUCAUCAUGUUUACCUUCAUUAUCUUCUCUUCAUACUUUCAUUGGUUUAGCUGUGAUUUUAUGUCUAUAUUUCACUUUACAAACUUCAAUAUCAAUUCAUGACAAAUCUCUUCCAUCUAAUCAUAUCAAAACCGUUUUGCCUUUUUCGUAUGAAACUCAAUCUAUAGACCAACCAAGUUCUUAUUCCUUUGAAAACCAAAAUAUGCCUCAAGAAGCAACACUUCAUUAUGAUCCUAAAAUGGAAAUUGAAACACAAAGUCUAGGAGGCUUAGCUCAAGACUUUGAUAUUACUUGGGGUGAUCAUAGAGGAAAGUUUCAUGAAAAUGGUGAGCUUCUUACCCUUUCUUUAGACAAUUACUCGGGUUCAGGAUUCCAAUCUAAGAACGAGUAUUUGUUUGCAAAGAUUGAUAUUAAUAUUAAGCUCGUUGCUGAUAAUUCUGCUGGCACUGUUACCACUUUUUACAUGUCUUCAAAUGAAACGAACCAUCAUGAUGAAAUAGAUUUCGAGUUUUUGGGUAACCAAAGUGGUAAGCCUUAUACAAUACAUACAAAUAUAUUUAGUCAAGGGAAAGGGAAUCGCGAGCAACAAUUUUACUUAUGGUUUGACCCGAGAGAAGAUUUUCACACUUACUCGAUUUUAUGGAACCCUAGUAGAAUUAUAUUCUUUGUGGAUGGAAUACCUAUUAGGGAGUUUAACAAUAUGGAAGCCUUUGGUAUACCUUUCCCAAAUAAGCAACCAAUGAGGGUGUUUUCGAGCUUAUGGAAUGCUGAUGAUUGGGCUACACAAGGUGGAAGGGUACAUACUGAUUGGUCAAAAGCUCCAUUUGUUGCCUCUUAUAGAAACUUUAGGGCAAGUGCUUGUGUUUGGUCCUACGGGUCAUCUUUUUGUGGGCCCGAUUCGAGUUUUGAGAAUGCUUGGUUAGUGGAGGAGUUAGAUGAGAAGGGACUAGAGAAGUUAAGAUGGGUGCAAGAUAAUUAUAUGACUUAUAAUUAUUGUGAUGACAAGAAGAGAUUUUAUAAAUUAGGGCUUCCUAAAGAAUGUACCAUUUAUGAGUUUAAGAGUAGAAGGUAUUAUUAGAGUUGUGUUACUAUUUUGUUUCAAAUAUAUAUUUUCAUGAUAUAGUAUUAUGUGAGUUGUAAGCUAAUACUAGUAAAUAGAAAGAUUGAAAAAACGUUAAAUUUUGAAGGAAAUGUAAUCAUAUAACAAUUAAGAGUAAAUUUAUA